UGACAGUGACAAGUGACAGUGACAUUCAAAAAAUAAUUCUACGUGUACACAGUUUCAUAAAUUUUAUUCUAAAUAACGAAUAAAACACAAUAAUUAACUAAUGGAAGGCUCACUAUUGGAACCCACUUUAAACGCCAUUAAAGGCAUAGCUAUAUUGGACAACGAUGGAAACCGAAUAUUAGCAAAAUACUACGACAAAAACGUAUUUCCUACGGCGAAGGAGCAAAAGACUUUCGAGAAAAACCUGUUUAACAAAACCCACAGGGCGAACGCCGAAAUUAUAAUGCUAGAUGGGCUUACUUGCGUGUACAAGAGUAACGUAGACCUAUUUUUCUAUGUUAUGGGUAGUUCUCAUGAAAAUGAGUUAAUUUUAAUGAGCGUUUUAAAUUGUUUAUACGACUCUGUGAGCCAAAUUUUAAGGAAGAAUAUGGAAAAACGGGUGGUUUUAGAUUCAUUAGAUAUAGUCAUGUUAGCCAUGGAUGAAAUUUGCGAUGGAGGGAUUAUCAUCGAUGCCGAUUCGAACUCUGUGGUAUCGAGAGUAGCUCUAAGAAACGACGACAAUCCUAUUGGAGAGCAUACAGUCGCCCAGGUGUUUCAAUCAGCCAAAGAACAGCUGAAAUGGUCGUUAUUAAAGUAAGGCUACAAUUAAAUAUAACAAUAAACUGUACAUUAAGUUAAGAAAAAAAUUUAUUUUACCUUU